AUAUGAGAGUCCAGUCCACGCGUCGAAAAGUAGGUUAGCAGGGUAGACAGAGUGAAAGGCAGUCCGAACGAAAAAGGGGAGGUAGAGUAUUUGGGACCUUGCUUGCAAGCUAAACGACCGUGGGAGCAUUUUGUAAAAAGUUACCGAAAUAGUGCAUCGAGACAAACAGGACACAAUUCAACUUGAACAGUCGAUUUGCUUUGUAUUUGAUUCACCAUUGCAAGACUUUGUCGAACGAUAAGGAAGCACUCGCGGAUUUUUCCUUGUUUAAUAUAUAUAUAAAAAUCUAGUUCGUCAGGCUAAAUACGUUUUAUUUUACGUGCCAGCAAAUGCUUGUCUUUCAACAGUUGGACAUAUAUUUUUAUUUUGUUACACACCACAUGAAGUCCAAUUCAUUGAUCCAGAAACGAUAAUAUUCAACAUGAGAGCUCAAAUAGAAGUAAUACCCUGCAAGAUCUGUGGGGACAAGUCCUCAGGAAUCCACUAUGGAGUUAUUACCUGUGAAGGCUGCAAGGGGUUCUUCCGCCGCAGCCAGCAGAACAAUGCCAUGUACUCGUGUUCCCGCCAGAGGAACUGUCUUAUUGACCGAACCAGCCGCAACCGCUGCCAACACUGCAGACUGCAGAAAUGUCUGGUGUUAGGCAUGAGCCGGGACGCGGUGAAGUUUGGCCGUAUGUCUAAGAAGCAGCGCGACAGCCUGUACGCUGAGGUCCAGAAGCACCAGAAGAACCAGGAGUGUCUGAACCAGGGUCUGCCACUGUCCAGGGAAGAUGUGGCUGGGGGAGAAAGCAAGGGGGACAGGCACGGGGAGCUCAGUCGCUCCUACAGCAGCGGGGGCUCCAGCUCCACCCUGAGUGACCUGGAUGACAUUGCGGUGCUCCCCAAACUGUUUGACCUCCCCUUGACCCCACAGGAGGCCCACGAGUACUGCAGUCUGGACCUGCAAGAAGACCACGGCGGAAGCACUGGGAACACCUCCAAUUCUUCAUCACCAUCAUCAUCCUCGCCCAUUUCGUCCAAUCAGAAUUCUCCCCAGCAAAAUCUACUGGAUGUCACCGACGCCAAUGGGAUCAAACACGAGUACCAGAUGUUGUCGCACACACACGUGCUCCUGGCACACACACACGCCACACUGCUAGAGACACUGCCUGAUGACUGCACUCUUAUGGAUAUAGAGCGUAUCACCCAGAGUGUGGUCAAGUCCCACUUGGAGACGAGUCAGUACAGCUCUGAGGAACUGAAGAGGCUGACAUACAAUCGGAUGCAGUACUCACCUGAGGAGACUCGCAACUUCCAGUGCGAGUCUGCAGAGUCUGUGUGGCAGCAAUGUGCCCACCACAUCACCAAUUCCAUCCAGUACGUGGUGGAGUUUGCCAAACGCAUUACAGGCUUCAUGGACCUGUGUCAGAAUGACCAGAUCAUUCUGCUCAAAGCAGGCUGUCUGGAGGUGCUGUUGAUUAGGAUGUGCAGGGCAUUUAACGCCACCACCAACACCAUGUUCUUUAAUGGCAAAUUUGCCUCUGCUCAGCUCUUCAAAGCCCUCGGUUGCGAUGACCUGGUUAGUGCCGUGUUUGACCUGGCUAAAGGGCUCUCCCGCCUGCAGCUGACCGAUGAGGAGAUGGCUCUGUUCAGUGCCGCUUGCUUACUGUCCCCAGACCGACCAUGGUUAGCCGACAGCCAGAAGGUCCAGAAGCUACAGGCGAAGGUCUACCUGGCUCUGCAACACAGUCUGCAUAUGAGCGGGGCUGCUGACGAGAAGCUAGACCAGAUGGUAUCCAAGCUGCCGAUAAUGAAGUCCAUCUGUAAUCUCCACAUCGACAAGCUGGAGUUCUUUCGUCUGGUCCACCCCGAGACCGCAUACAGCUUCCCACCACUCUACCGGGAAGUGUUCGGGAGUGAGAUCUCUCUCCCCGACUCUACAAACAACUCCUAGAGAGAAAGAUGGAGUGAAUGUGUUAGAGAGAAAUAUGUAUGGAGGUAGGGAAGUGAAAGGAGAGAAUGAACAAGUGAGGGAUAUAAAUAGUGACCUCAGAAAUAACCAGCUGUUAACGAGACAAUCCAGGACUUAAAAUACUCAGUCUCCCAGCAUCCUGUUGUGUUAGUCCACCACUAUCCCAGCAGGCCAUACAUCUUACACUACAGACUUCACCUUCACGGUCCUUUUGUACCGUAGCACUUUGGACAAACUAAUGGGCGAUAUGCAUAUUCUACAGUAUGCACAUAGAUCAUUUAGCAUUAGAACAUAUUUUUUCAAUGCUCCCCAACCCUGUCAUGAAUGUACCUCACUGACAAGCACCAAUGCACCAGCUAGAGCCCCACACCAAAUGUAAAUACUAACACCCUGCUUCAGUUCGACUGUUCAAUUUAGAAUCGUUGUAAUUCUUUGGUUCUACUCAACAUACCCAGGGUUCAUUCAUUUGUAGUCCCACAGACAGUUCUUGGCGGUACCAUAUACAGUUGAAGUCGGAAGUUUAUAUACACUUAGGUUGGAGUCAUUAAAACUCGUUUUUCAACCACUCCACAAAAUACUUGAAAACAAACUAUAGUUUUGGCAAGUCGGUUAGGA